UAAUAACGGAACAGAAGGUGUGUACGUAGCUGAAAAGCUCCCAAUAGAUCCACUGAGCCAUAAGAGCAUCAAACCAAACCAACUUAAUUUUUUACAAGAAAAACCAGAUAAACUUCCGUAGAAGCUGCAAAACAUAUAGCAGUUGUCUUGAAAAUGUCAAACAUUACGAUCUCGGCUAUAAGACCACGUACCAGUAUCCUCGACAAAUCAUUGAGCAAAGGCAAAGGAGAAAUUAGCUUGAGCUGUUUUGCCCUUUUAUUUUCGGAAUUAGUACAAUACUGUCAAAAUAGAGUAUAUACUGUUCCUGAGUUACAAAAUAAAUUAGCAGAGAUUGGAGCAGAAGUUGGACAUAGGAUAACAGAUCUGCUUGUUGUUAGAGAAAAAAGUGGUAAACGUGAGAUAAAACUACUCAAUGUAUUGCUGUUUAUCAAAAGUACUGUGUGGAAAUCUUUAUUUGGCCGAGAAGCUGACAAACUAGAACAUGCUAACGAUGAUGAACGUACUUAUUAUCUUAUUGAAAGAGAAUCUUUAGUGAACAAGUUUGUGUCAGUGCCUAAAGAUAAAGGAAGUUUGAACUGUGCAUCUUUUGUUGCUGGUAUUAUAGAGGCUAUAUUGUGUGAUUGUGGUUUUCCUGCAAAAGUAACUGCUCACUGGCACAAAGGAACAACAUAUAUGGUUAAAUUUGAUGAUGCUGUUGUAGCAAGAGAUAAACAACUUGAAGAUCGGUAAUAUAUAUAGAUAUAAUAAAAUGGCAAACAAAGAUUAAUUGACACUCAAAGUAUAUAAGCUCCAAAGUAAACACACUAGUGUGUGAUAGAAAUAAAUUUAUAUAUGUGUAAAAUCAAUUUAUAUUAUUCUACAUAUAGAUUAAA